AUGGAAGGCAAAGAAGAAGACGUUAGAGUUGGAGCUAACAAGUUCCCGGAGAGGCAACCGAUCGGAACAUCGGCUCAGAGCGACAAAGACUACAAGGAGCCACCACCGGCGCCGCUUUUCGAGCCUGGUGAGCUUUCUUCAUGGUCCUUCUGGAGAGCCGGAAUCGCUGAGUUUAUCGCUACUUUCCUCUUCCUAUACAUCACCGUCUUGACCGUCAUGGGAGUUAAAAGGUCACCGAACAUGUGUGCUUCCGUCGGAAUCCAAGGAAUCGCUUGGGCUUUCGGUGGUAUGAUCUUUGCUCUUGUCUACUGUACCGCUGGUAUCUCCGGUGGACACAUCAACCCGGCGGUGACUUUCGGUCUGUUCUUGGCCAGGAAGCUGUCACUCACAAGAGCUGUGUACUACAUAGUGAUGCAGUGCUUGGGAGCCAUCUGUGGUGCCGGUGUGGUCAAAGGGUUCCAACCAAAGCAAUACCAGGCUCUAGGAGGAGGAGCCAACACCGUGGCUCCUGGCUACACCAAAGGAAGUGGUCUUGGAGCUGAGAUCAUCGGCACAUUCGUCCUCGUUUACACGGUUUUCUCAGCGACUGACGCCAAGAGAAACGCCCGUGACUCUCAUGUCCCCAUUCUUGCACCGUUGCCAAUCGGGUUUGCGGUUUUCUUGGUUCACUUAGCGACCAUCCCAAUCACUGGCACAGGGAUUAACCCAGCUAGAAGUCUUGGAGCUGCAAUCAUCUACAACAAAGACCACUCCUGGGACGACCACUGGGUGUUUUGGGUUGGGCCAUUCAUUGGAGCUGCACUUGCUGCUCUGUACCAUGUGAUUGUCAUCAGAGCCAUACCAUUCAAGUCCAGAAGCUAA